AUGACCCUACCACCACGAGCUACCUUUGAGCCCUUUCCUACCGAUCUGAAUGUGAAGGAUCUGGUGGAGACUACCGAUCAAUUUGAGUUUGCAAGACGCAUUUCUUGUGAUGCUAUUGAUAUCCUGCCUCUGGAGGAAUUUGAUAAGCUUGUUCGAUAUCAUGUAACCAUGUUGGGAAUGCCCUUGGUUAUUGAGGGAUUCUAUAAGCAUCUGGAUAAACGCCUGUUCUCUUCUAAGUGGCUGCAGAAAAAUGGCCAGAGCGAGCAGGUGCGUGACUUGGUCCGUGGAAUCAACAUCCCCAUGGGCACGUCACAUUAUUUGAGAAGCCUGCAUACAAUGUCGAAGCCUAUCUUCUCGCCUGUACCUCGCACUGACCAGAGACUGUAUUUGAAGGACAUUGACUGCCCUCCGGAGUGGCAGAUAUCCUUGGAGAGACUCAUCCCACCGUCGUUGUUCUAUCUCAACAAUGGCCCUAAGCCAUACGAAGGUCCGGGGUCCCAUAUGACUAAUCUGCCAGAACAUCUCACUACAUCAGAAGGAGAAACCAUCGCCAAAUCAGGCGAUCUCAUGAGUUGUCUGCCUGAGGAAAUGCGCGCUCAAAACCUCAUGUGUUAUAUUGGCCCCGAAGGCACCUACACCCCUGCGCAUCAAGAGAUGUGUGCUAGUCUGGGUCAUAACAUAAUGGUGGAGGCGUCGGACGGUUCCAUCGAGAGUGGUCAGCCAACCCAGCCGGGGUCAUCAGUUUGGUUUAUGACCGAAACCAAAGAACGCGAUCUUGUUUCCGACUAUUGGGCCUCAGUGCUCGGCCACAAUAUUGACCUCGAGGAUCAUUUUGCGCAGCUCAAUGCAUGGAUAGGCGCGCCGUUCAAGACCUACGUAGUAGAACAGAGGGCCGGGGAUCUCAUCCUCGUCCCCCCGCUGGCGGCUCAUCAGGUCUGGAACCGCGGCACACGGACCAUGAAAGUGGCUUGGAAUCGCACCACGGUGGAGACCCUCAGGAUGGCUAUGAGCGAGGCACUUCCUCAUGCGCGGAUGGUUUGUCGCGAUGAACAGUAUAAGAAUAAAGCCAUCGUGUUCUAUGCCCUCGAGCGAUAUUCAAAAUUGUUACAACAAGCCCCCAAAGCCGACCAUCCUGCAACUCAGCAGCUGUGGGAAGAUUUCAAACAGCUUUUUAAGAUCUUCACGGGCAUUUUACUGUCAGAAAGCCUUUCGCCAGCUCUUCCUGGAGAGAAGGGCAUCGAGUAUGUCAAGUUUGACAGCAACGUCACAUGCUCAUAUUGCCGUUGUAACAUAUUUAAUCGGUUCCUUACUUGUUCUACAUGUACCAUGGAUGGGAAUGACGCCUAUGAUAUUUGUUUGGAUUGUUAUGUGUUAGGGCGGAGCUGCCACUGCAUUUCCAAGCUCAAAUGGGUGGAACAAUUCCCAUGGAAACACCUGCGAGAUCGACACGAAACAUGGCGGCGCCAGAUCAUCGAUCUGAAAGCGGAUAAUAAAGACCUUAAGACCUCGUUCCCCGUGUUCGCCUUUGCACGAUCCCAGUUAAAACGGAAAACUGUCGCCGAAAUUUGCCAAGAGCAAUUGGCUGUCCGACCUUGGGUUGAUCCCAACAACCCAACGGCCAAAAAGAUGAAAUCUAUCAGUCCUCCGGCUACAGACGAUGAUGGCCGGCCCAAAAAGAAACGGAAGACCCAGCAGAGGGGUGCGGAGACUGGCUCUUGUCACAUGUGUAGAAAUAUUGAACCUUCUUGGAAGUUGGCAGCAUGCUCGAGCUGCCAUUUGAAGUACUGCUAUGCCAUCCUCUACCGUGCAUUUGAUAUCCCACCCCAGGAAGCGAUGGAGCGCUCCAAGUGGCUGUGCCCUCGAUGUCAGAAAGUGUGCAACUGUACGCCUUGCCAGAAGGAUCCUGCCAUGAAACCCCAUGAGCCCUACCAUAUCAUACUGGGACACGACACCAGGAAGAUUGCCGACCCACGAAGUGUUGAAUCGCUUGUGACUUUGCGUCUGCCGAAUCUGAAAUGGCUUCCGAGCCUUGAAGAAAACAGUCAACGGCGCCUAAAACAACGGAUGGAUGAGGUCCAGCAAAACGGAGUCAGGAUGCGAAAAGACAAUGCGAUCGUGAUGGAUCCUAGGCUGCAGGAUCCAUUGAACGGAAAUACAGAACAUAGUCCAGGAUAUAUCCCGGUAGACCCUGCAUUGGAACUUGAGAAUGGUUCCUUUGUGAACGACCAGAAUACACUUGAGGCAUAA